AGUUUUCUUUCUUUUUUUUUCCUUUUUAUCCCCUUGAAUUAUUGUUUUCGGCGAAAACACCACAGGAGAGGAGAUGCAUUCUCUAGCUGCAGGUUCGCCGUAAUUUUGUAAUCCCUCCCUCCAUCUCUCACUCUUUCUUCCAUUUUCACCGCCGGCGCCGCCACCGCCACCCCCGCCACCCGUCGCAACCAACAAAUGCUUGGCAAGUAAUUCUUCUUCCAAACCUUAAACCCUAAUCCGUAGGAUUUAUAAUAUAAUUUAUGGACUUCCAACAUCCUCACGGCUAUAACCGACUGCCGCUUCCUCCUCCUCCGCCGUCCAUGGCGGAUCCUCACUAUCCACCACCACCGCCACCACCGCAAUCUCAGAGGCCGCCAGUUCCUCCACCCAACUCUUGGUACUCUCCGCAAUUCCAGUACCAUCCGCCAUCGCAGCAUUCUCCUUCUCCUCCACCUGCUCAUCCUUCACAGCAGUGGGGCCCGCUUCCUCCUCCAUAUCCUGCGCCUCCACAUGCCCCUUAUCCUUCCCACCCUCUUCCGCAUAGCCACUACCCCCCUCCCCUUCCAACUCGGCCUAAUCUUCCUCCUCAAGUUCCACAAUCCUACCCUCAUGCGAAUCAGGACUGGGGAAAUGCAAACUGGGGACAUCAUCAAACUGUGGAAUACUCAGUACCACAUAGCAAUGAAGAAGAUUGGGCUGCAAAGGCCAGAGCAUGGGCUGCUGCUAAAGCGGCCUCUGAAAACCAACAGCCACAAUUUACACAAGCUGGCAGACUUGAAGAACAAAGUCACUACUAUGACCGAUAUCCCCAUUCUGCUGAUCCUCAUUUCCAAGAUUCACAACCAAGAGUUCUGCCACCCAGCUAUCAACAGUUUACAGCUCCAGCUGCACGCUCUCAAAAUAUACCCGGUGGUCACUCAAAUGAGUCUGCAGCUAUAGGCUUAGGAAAAUCUUCUUAUGUUCAUGAUGGGCAUUUAGCUUAUACUGCUAGGGAUGAAAGCUUGGCUGGUGAUUCAACAAGUGCAUUGCCUCAACAAGGAAACUUGUCUGUAAGUCCAUUAGUCCAUUGGCCGGAGGUAUCUUCUAGUUAUUCUUCUGUUGCAGGGGAAGAAGUUGGAGAUCAAAAUGAUAAGCUAUAUAAUUCUCAAUCUUUGACUGUUACAUCUGCUCUACAACAUCAAGUAAAACCACCACUACCUGUCGGUCCUGGGUCUACAAUGAAUGAAGAGCCUCAUCAUUCAUUUGGGGGACAGUUAACUGAGGCUGCAAUAAACCCUAUGGAUAAACCAUUAGUGUUUGCACCUCAGGUUAAUCGUGACCAUGGCUUGCAUAUGGAAUCAAAUUAUUCAUACUCUGAUUCAGUGGGUCCUGCAAGUGGUGUUGACCCUGUUUCAGGAAUGACUUCUGCUUAUGCGUGGCCUCCUGCCACUGCUGGGGUUGAACCUACCAUGGUAGUGCCUUCUCCAGUUCCUGGACUCUCUGCACCAGUUUUUGGGAGGUUACCUGGACCAAACUUCCAGUCCACUGUCCCACCUGUAGGCCCCACUUUUGGAAUUACCCCAGGGGCUGCUGGUCCUACUGCUUUUCCUACUGAUGCUUAUGCAAUUUCCACUGACCGACCUAAGAAGGCUUCUGUGCCUAACUGGCUUAGAGAGGAGAUUAUUAAGAAGAAAGCUGUCAUCACUAGUUCAGCUCCAGACCUCCAAAAGGAUGAUGCACUUGAAGAUGAAGAUGUUAACAAGCCUUAUAGAAGAGGCGAUCAGGGAGAUAUCAAAAGCGUUGAUUCAUCAAGAUCUACUGAAGGAGAGGAUGAUGAUGAGGACGAUGCUGACGCUGCCAGAACUGCAGCAAUAAAUCAGGAAAUAAAGCGCGUCUUAACUGAAGUGCUUUUAAAGGUAACCGAUGAACUUUUUGAUGAAAUUGCAACUAAAGUUCUUAAUGAAGAUGUCCUCAGCAUUGAAGCUGAACCUGAUGCUACUCUUUCUAGUCAUAAGUUGUCAACAUCUGCUCAUGCUGUUUUAACUCCCAAGGCCUCUGCUAAGGUUCUUUUACCAUUUAAAACUAUAGAAGCAGAUUCUGAUGAUGGCAGCAAGAAGUCUAGCUCUGGUUCCCCUGGGAAUGUAUUGGGUCUUGCUAACUAUGAAUCUGAUGAUGAUAAUGAAAUCCAGAGUACUGUUAAGCAGAAUCCCAAUGAAGAUAGCUGUACUGACCAAUCAAUUGCUAUAAAGCAAGUGGACGCCAAGAAUCUAAUUGGGAAUGGAAGUUCACUUAAGAAAAUUGAAAAAGUUGGUGGUUUUUCUGAUAAUGUAGAGCAUGCUAGAAAAGGGAGUCCUAAUUUUUCAUCAAUUAAUCAUGGCAAACUUGCUUCACAGUCAAGUGAUGGCAGAGCAUCUAUUGAAUUGGUGCAUGGAGAUUCUCAACCUUCCUCAAAGGCAAAGUCAGGAGUUUUAGAAGAAAACCUUGCUGAGGAAGUGCCUGUUGAAAUUGAAGGGAAAAAUGGAAGUGUUGAUAAGAAAAAGAGAAAAACCGAAAAUUCUCAUAUUCAGGAGAGCCAAAAUAAAUCAGGUAAGAGUAAUUCCCGUGACAACACUGCAGCUGAUUCUAGUAAAGGAAAACACAAAGACAAAGACAAUGUCAAGGACAGAACAUUUGAGAAGGAAGAUUAUAACCAUAAGAAGCAUGAUAGACAUGUUAAAAAUGAAAAAUUCAAUGAUCCAGAUCAAAAAGAUAAAGUGAAGGAUAAAAUUGUCAAGUCUGGGGAAAAAGAAAAUGAGUCGGAUUCAAGGAGAAGAGCUUCUAUUGAUACCAAGGAAGGUAAGGGGAAGACAGAUAGGGAGGGCAGAUCAAGUACUAAAGGAGAUAGCGGCCGAAGAAGAGAAAAAGUUAAGGAUGAAAAAAGAGAAAAAUCUAGACGCAAAGAUGCAAGUGACUCUGGUAAACAUAAGAGACAGCGCUCCUCUUCUGUUGGCAGCAGAGGUAGAGAAAGUAAGGAUAAUUUAGUUAGCUAUCCCACUGAUUCAAGUGAUGAAUCUUCUGAUGAUUAUAAAAGGAAGCUUUAUUCAAGAAGACAUAGAUCACCUUCGCCUGUCAGGUCGAGGAAAAGACAAGUUUCGAGGUCUCCUCAUAGCAAGCACUCUCAGCGCAGGCAUUCUCCCUACUCUUCUCUUGAGACAACCAGAUGUACAAGUUGCAAUUAUAUUACUCCUUUGCAUGAAUCCGCUCAUGAAGGUUGUUCGUCGCCGGAAAUGGAGAGAAGCUCAAGGGCUAGUGAAUCUGAUUUACAGGCAUUGGUACAAGGGCUUUGGUUGAUAUGGGCAUUUGGGUUUCUGUUGAUUGGCGUAUCCUUGUAUGCAACUCAGCUGUUGCCUUCGUCUUCUCUCAAAUAUCAUCACACCAAGAAUCUGCUUGGUGAUUUGGGUGAAAUUGGCCCUAAAAUCACCAUUUUUACAGCUCCCAGACCUUUUGAUGGUGUGGUUGGGGAAACGCAGAAUCUUGCUGUUAGAUCAUGGCUUGGCUUAUCACCUCACAUUAACGUUGUGCUUUUCACCCAACACCCUUCUGCUUUCUCUUUUGCUAAACCAUUUGGUUCCCGGGUCACCGUUCAGCCCAACAUUGAUUUCUCAUUCAUUGGUACACCAUUCUUUCACUCUAUGGUGGCCAAUUCACAGGCAUCCUCAUCAGAUGUUUCUGUUUUGAUUCAUCCUCAAACUGUUCUCUUGUCUGACUUCAUUUUGACUGUGAGACAUGCUUACAAACUUGAUCAUGAUUGGCUCCUUUUCGCGUCGUCUAGAAAAAUUUCCUACUUCCCAUUUCACUUGGAUGCAGAUGGAAAACAAUGGCUCACAGAUGAUGAUGAUGGCACGUUGGUUGAUAUUGACAAGAUGCAGGGACUUCUUUCAAAGGAACAGCAGUGGUACCCUUGUCAAGGACAGAUUCUAAUUGCCUGGAACAAUGCAGCAGAUAUUCCCCUGCAUAAUGGGAUCCUCCCACCUUUUCUAUAUGGAAAGGGAUUUCACAACCUUUGGGUUAUCAAUGAAGCUUUUCGAUCUGAUUUCAGAUUUGUCUUUGAUGCUAGUUGGGCCAUUUCUAAUUUAUAUCUCCAUCACCCUGACCUGAAGUACAAAAAGUCAAGUGAAGGAUUAAUGAUGGAUACAGCUCCUGAAGAAAGAAUUUGGGAGUUUAUGGGGAACUCUCUCCUGGCUACACAGUACGGAUCAUUGUAUUUCCAUGAAACCACAUUUUCCAACUUGUUUAGAUUGUUUAAGUGUGGAGGGCACUAUCUUUUCGCAAACACUGCAGAAAACAUUGUUUACCGUCUAGGAUACAAGAAACCAUUCAGCUUAAAGAAGAGUUGGCUUAUGCAUAAAUCAACAGAGGAGGAGAAGAUUUUAAAUUGUAUUGCUUCUUUGGAAUCAGUAGACAGUAUUAAAGACUGCUCUCUCAUGGAUCAGCUCAAUCUGUCAACACCGAUUUCGCUUCCACUACCAUUUGAAUCUUUACUUUCAAUGUGUGCUGGCCAGAACAAGACGGUUGUGCUGGCAGUUGUUGGAUACAGUUACAAGGACAUGCUAAUGAGUUGGGUGUGCAGGAUGCGGCAUCUUCAGAUAUUUAACUUUUUAGUAUGUGCCCUUGACAAUGAAGUCUAUGAUUUCUCUAUCUUACAGGGCCUUCCUGUCUUUAAGUAUUCGUCUAUUGAAACGAAUAUCAGCUUUGAUGACUGUCACUUUGGAACGGAGUGUUUUAAAAGAGUAACCAAAAUCAAGUCCAGAAUGGUUCUGCAGAUACUGAAGAUGGGCUACAAUGUACUAAUGAGCGAUGUCGAUGUUUACUGGUUUAAGAACCCGUUGCCCUUGCUUAGCUCCUUCGGGCCAGCAGUUCUAGUGGCACAAUCCGAUGAGUACAAUGUAACAGGGGCAAUCAACUUGCCUAGACGAUUGAACUCUGGUUUCUAUUACGCCCAUUCAGAUCGGGCUACAGUUGCUGCGUUGGAAAAGGUUGUUAUGCAUGCAGCAACUUCAAAUCUGUCAGAGCAGCCGAGCUUCUAUGAUGUAUUGUGUGGUGAAGGUGGAUCGAAUCGUAUAGGUGAUAAUAGAUGCUCAGAACCCGAAACAAAUCUUACAGUUCAUUUCUUAGACAGAGACCUCUUUCCAAAUGGUGCAUACCAAGGUCUAUGGGAGGAAAGAAAUGUCAAAGAAGCUUGCGUGAGAAGGGGUUGCUUUGUUCUCCAUAACAAUUGGAUUAGCGGGCGACAGAAGAAACUGGAGCGUCAGGUAUUAUCAGGACUAUGGGAUUACGAUAUCAGCACUAGGAUGUGUCUGAAGAGCUGGCACGAUACCAAAUCCGUGAGUUAUUUUUGAAAACGAAUGGGGAAAUGAAUGAGCUGCCUGUCUGCUUUGUGCUUCUUGGGCACCAGACCAUGAUGUUUAUCUACUAAGACUUUGCAAGUCACAAAUGGAAAUUGUUGGGUGGAGGGAGGCCGGUAAAGGGCUUAAAAGGCCAAGUCCAGCACCCAGCGUCUCGAAAAUGUGAUGGCUGUCUAUAAAGAAAUAAAGUUGCGCCUUCGCUACUAGUUAUAACUUUUGGCGUAGUGGUAAGCGCUUUCAGAUGGAAGAACUGUGGUAAGCGCCUUCGCUACUAGCAAGAAGGUGGCAUAGCAUAGCAGAUAACAGAACUGUGGAAGGAAAGUCAGAUGGAAGCCAAGUUAAGGAGCUUUCUCCACAGUUGAUAUGGACAAUAAUGAAGAAAUGAAGAUAAGAAAGUAGGACACACCUGCAGCCAUGUUCCUGCAGCAGCCAAUGAAGAAAGUAGACCAGCAAAC